AUUCUAGUUUAUUAAUGAGUAUCACUGAUUUCCGCCAUUCUCUCUUGCCCCUACCAGGCGUCGCGAACAUAUCGUCUUAUUAUGAUUGUAAUUCUUGUAUUCUUGUUCUUAGUUUGAAUUGAGUGUGUUUGCUAUCUUAUUGUAGAAAUUUGCAACGACUGUCAGUUUCCUAACCUCUUUGCCGACGAAUGUUCCGGUGUUUCAUAUUGUGUUCAGUUAAUAGUAACAUAUAAUCACAUAACAUGAUGUCGCGGUCUGUGCGUGCAGAGACUCGUAGUCGUGCCAAGGAUGAUAUUAAGCGUGUAAUGCAAGUCGUUGACAAAGUUCGCCAUUGGGAAAAGAAAUGGGUUACAAUCGGAGAAACUACUAUGAAGAUUUAUAAAUGGGUACCUAUAUCGACACUUGAUCAGAAGAAGAAAGGAAAAACAGUUGCAGACAAAGAAAAUGGUUUGCCAAGAAAAAGUGGAUUAGAUUCUUCAAAUUCCAACUUUGGUCUUACAGAGGAUUCAAAUACAUGUUUUUCAACUGUUAGUGAUUCUCAAGGAUUAACAGACUUUUCUGCACAUCUGGGAUUUUCAGAAGAUUCCAAUUCACAAAAUAGUGAACCAACACCUAAAAGAUGUUCAGUCCAUUUUAUGAUCUGAUUUGAAAGACAACAAAAAUAUAGUAUAAAAUUAUUUUUCAAAACAGAUUAUAUAUUUUAAAUAAUAUUCAUAUCAUCAUAAUAUUAUUUAAUUCAUGAAAUACAAACAAGAUUUUCAUUGAUUUAAUUAUAACAUCUUAAUCAUCAACAUAUAGAAUCUGGGACAUGUAAAAUAGGUAAUGAUACUUAUUUUUGCUGUAAAAUAGUACCUCCAAAAUACUUAUGUAUAAUGUUACAUUUAUCUUAAAGCUAUUUAUGUGUCUAAACAUAAUCACAUGUUCAAUAGUUGUUUGAUAAUUGAGUAUCAUUGUACAUACUUCAAAUACCAUUUUUUUGCUGAUUUAUAUUUUACAAUGAACUUGCAUUCCUUGAGAUUAUGUUAUAGCACCAUGAAAUGUACAAAAUACGCUUUGACACUUAUAAAUAAAAGAAUAAAAUUGCGAAUGUUUGAAUUUAUAUUUACAUAAGUUUUUAAGAAAGCAGAAAAUGCUUUGGUAAUGUUAUUACAUGAUCAUUUUCAUUUAUUUAAAAGCUAAUGUACUUAAAAUAUAUAAUGUUUAAACAUUUAUUAAAAGGAAGCAAGAAAAAAAUUUAUUACAUAGCUAAUUAUUACAAUUUCUGUAUGAUAACUGUAUAUAUAAAUUCUUAUCUAUUAUUUUAAUAAUCUGUGUGUGUACGUUAUAGACUAUGUACAGAAAAAAUCCGAAUAUAAAAAAAAAUUUAAUGUCUUUUUUAAUACCUUUAAUCUAAUGAUAAUCUUAAAUGAAAGAUUUUUACAUUUGAAUUUUCAUAAUUUUAUUUUAAUUUAAAUUCUUGAAUAUUAAUAUUAAUUGAUAUAAUUAAUAUGAAUAUAUUUGAUAAUAAAUUUAAUAUUUAAAAUUA